CCUCAUUCGUGCACCAACACCACAUCCUCGUCUCCAUAUACAUCUCCAUCUACUGUACAUCGCUAGCUCACUCAUACGGCACCAUGGCCGCGCCGCUCUACGUGACCCAGUCGGGCCGCCUCUUCCAUGCCGGCCUUAUCCUCAUCGUCACCGUCGGCUUGCCCGCUCGCGGAAAGACGCACAUCUCGCGCGCCCUCGAGCGAUACCUUCGCUGGCUCGGCGUCAAGACUAGAGUCUACUCGCUUGGCGAUUACCGCCGCAAGAUGCUCGGUGGAGCUAAGAACUUGCCUAACGACUACUACAAAGCGGAUGGCCCGAAGUCACCAGAAACCAUCGCGCUACGAGACAAAGUCAAGCAGGGUCUCGAGCAGCAGAUCUGGGACUUUUUCACCGUCCAGGGCGGCCAGGUUGUCAUCUACGACGCAAACAAUGGCAGCAAGGAGGCGCGCAAGGACGUGAUCGAGACAUUCCGUACCAAGGGUGUGCACGUUAUUUUCCUCGAGUCGCUGUGUGACAACGACGACAUUAUCACCGCCAACAUCCGCAGCGUCAAGCUCAGCUCCCCCGACUAUGCCGGGUGGGACGCAGAUCGCGCGGUGGCCGAUUACUGGGAGCGCAUCCGCGGCCAGGCCGGUGUUUACGACACAGUUACGGCCGACGAGGGGCCGUACAUCAAGGUCAUGAACGUGGGGGAGCGCAUCGAGAUCAACCGCAUCGAGGGUUACCUCCAGACACGGUGCUGUUUCUUCCUCAUGAAUAUACACACCCGUCCCCGCACUAUCUUCUUCGCAAGGUCUGGGCAGUCGCUCAUCGAGCACUCGUUCAAAGCCGAUUCGGAUCUCUCACCUGCGGGUUGGGAGUACGCUGAACGCCUCAAGGCGGCCGUCACGGCGCGUCGCAAGGCGUUGAGAGAGGAGCGUCGCGCCCGCGGCGAGGACAUCAAGGAGAAUCCCCUCAUUGUGUGGACGAGCACGCGGCGGCGUGCACACCACACUGCCUGGCCGUUCGUGCACGCUGGCUACAAGGUUGUGCAGAAGCAGAUCAUGGCUGAAAUCAAUCCGGGCGUGUGGGACGGCUUGUCUGCCGCUGAGGCGCAAGAGCUUUACCCUGAUGAAUGGGAACGCUUCCUGGGCGACCCGUACGCACACCGCGCGCCGCGCGCCGAGUCGUACCACGACCUGUCCGUGCGCCUUGAGCCCGUGAUCUUUGAGCUUGAACGCUGUCAGGACGACCUCCUCAUCAUCGGGCACGCAUCCGUCAUCCGCUGCCUGCUGGCUUACCUCGUCGGCCUGCCGCCAUCCGAAGUUCCUGCGAUCGAAAUCGCGCGUGGCGACCUCGUGGAAGUCACGCCGGCGUCGUACGGCGUCAUUUCGCGCGCCUUCCACUUCUGGUCGGGCGAAGGGCGCGGGGACGAGUCCGGCCGCAACCUCUACGAGAACUUUGCGGAGGCGACUUCGGGUGUCGGCGGCAGCAUCGCGAGCUUUGCGGGCGAGACGGAGAACAUCGAGCGCGAAGCCGAGGCCGAGGAGCAGAUGGACAAGGAGAAGAAGGCGGACAAUGUGCGCGCCAAGCUCCGCGAACGCCUCGGCUCCAAGACGGACGGGUGGAUGAGCGCGCCCCACGGCCGCGGCACCGGCACGCCGGCAGAGGGCUCGGUAUACGGCCACUCGGAGCACGAGCGCGAGAUCACCACGCCCGAGGUCGAGGCCGAGGGCCCCGAGCCGCCAACCGUUAGAGAGCGGGCUAUGAGCAUCCUGAAGAUCUAGACGGUCGUGACGAGUAGAGAUUGUAAGACCUAGAUGUCACAGAUUGUAUUGCG